AUGGGAUUUGGGAGUAUCUUAGGGAUGGAGAUGAUUGACGUACCGUUGAAGAUUGUUUAUUAUGUUCUUGACCGUUUUAAUUUUAAAUCUUUGAAGGUGGAGUUUGAUAAUUGUGAAGAUAGUGUUGAUAGUAAGUAUAUUCAAGAGAUGUUAGGAUUACCAUCUGGUGGCUCAUUACUUUCAAACAUGGAUUACAUUUCGGAGAAUAAUGAAGAGAGUUGUGUGUUUGAGUGGAAGAAACAAUAUGAGAAUAUUGAUAAAUUGAGAUUGAAACAACUAAAGAAUGAACUUGUUCAAACUAGUGCUACAGAUGACAACUUCAAAAUCAAUUUGUUGGUUCUUUUUAUUAAUACUUUCGAGAAGAUAAGGUUUCUUGAAGUUAUUUUUGAAGAGAGUGGAGGAUUUGGAUUUGAACAUGUUAAUGAAGCAUAUGUUGAAGAAGAAUUUCAAGAAUCUGAGUAUAAUGAGGAGGAAUCUGGUGGUGAUGAGGUUGAAUAUGACGGCAAAGAGGAUUUAUGUGAUGAGGAUGAAGAAGAUUCUGAAGUUAAUAAAGUUAGUGAUGUGGAGGUAAUUCUAUAG